AUGUAUUAUUAUUCUGGCAUAUCCCCUUCCCCUCCCAGGCUGGUCUUUCGUACGUCCAAGACGCCAUGGAUCAAGCCUACCGGGCCUGAGGCGUAUCGCGACUUGAAGCGGCUUUGUCCUGUCUAUGGCCACAAGUUGAACAAUGACUGGAGCAUCAUAGGUCUUCAGAUUGUUGAGUUGCUGGACAAGUAUCAGGUCCGCUUCACUUCAAUCGAUGUCGUUCGUUUCCGCUCAGUCAAGGAGACUGCUAUUAUCAGUCCCGUCGUCCUGUGGAUCGGCGUUCUUCCGGACAGUCUCCUGGGAGAGGACGCCUUCAACACGGCAAACAGCUUACUCGACCUUCUUAAGAGCCACGACAUUGAUGACGUCGACGUGGAGUACCGUGAAUCCGUGUACAGACGCUCGAGCGGCGCAGAGCUCUACGCACCGGUCGAGAAGGUCGACCCAACCAAGGAGGUCAUUGAUCCUCUCACUACUUCACUCGGACUUCCCAUUGCUAAUGCGAGAACGCCUCAUAUACAAGGCACUCUUGGUUUCUACUUCGCCGAAGGCGGCGAGAGCAAGGACAUAUUAGCCGUUACAGCCCGCCAUGUCCUCUUCCCGCCACCGACUGAGGACAACAGUAACUACGAAUUUAACCAUCGCGGCAUGCGUGUUAAAAAUGUCCUCCUCAUGGGGAUCAACGCGUGGGAGGACUACGUCGUGUCCGUCAGGUGCGCGAGUGCACGCCAUGGCAACGACAUAGAACUGUAUAACGACCGAAUUCAGACCUUGAGUAGGAGGGCGGCUGACCCCAAUACUCCUGCUGACAAGGCUAGUGAUAUUUGGGCGGACGUGGAAGAAUAUAGACAUCUAAUAAGGAAGUCGGAAAGGGCACUCAACAAGCUUGAAGAGCUCUUCCAGACGACGACGAGGGACUGGGCCAAACCAAGCCAGCGCGUCAUUGCAUACGUCGUCCGCUCGCCUCCCAUCACUGUGAAUACCGAUCCGCUCGGUUUCACCAGUGACUUCGCAAUCAUCAAGAUCGACAAGGACAGGUUCAAGAAUAAUGAUGGGCAUAUGAACGUCUUGGACUUGGGGCUAACCAUUGACUCCACCACGUUUAACCGUAAGAUGUUCCCUCGCAUUGACGCCAAACCAGGGUUCAAAUACCCAAGUGAUGGCCUCCUUAAGCUUCAGGGCAUCAUCCCGGAAAAGCUCCUGCGCAACCCCGACGUGCUCAACAUCAACGGCGAACCUUGCCUCCCCGUCGCCAAGAACGGCUUGACCACUGGUCCCACCAUUGGCUUGGCUAAUGGUAUCUUCUCCAUUGUCAGGGAGUACUUCUCCAACGGAACCCAACGAACGUCCAUGGAAUUGACGAUUAUGCCCUACGGCGAUGAGACUGGAGUCUUCUCCAAGGGCGGAGACUCUGGAUCGAUUAUUGUCGACGGUCGUGGACGCUUCGGUGGCCUCCUCACCGGUGGUACUGGUAAGACGGAAUCAUCCGAUGUUACCUACGCUACGCCCUUCUUUUGGCUCUGGAAGCUCAUCAAGGAAAUGUACCCCGAUGCCCACCUCGACCCGAAAGUGCUUUAG